UUCCCGAAGAAGGACCGGUCAUGCAGGACGCGGCCAGGGACGAGCCCGGGGCCGGCCCUCUAGACGACGACGACUGCGAAGACGCGGAGAAGAUCCCCGUCACGACGACGACGACCAGGAACGCCCUGAUAACCACCCAGCUCGGCCCUUGCGAGUCCUACCCCCACCGAGUUAAGGUCAGCGUCGUCGGCGUCAGCAACGUCGGCAUGGCCUGCGCCAUCGCGAUUCUCAUGCGAAGGACGGCCAGCGAGGUGUGCCUCGUGGACAAGGACAAGGAGAGAGCCCGGGCCGAGGCCGAGGACAUCCAGCACGCGGGCGUCUUCCUGGGCUGUCCGCUGGUCGUCGGCGGGUCAGACAUAAGCUCGGUGAAGGACUCGACCGUGGUGGUCGUCUCCGUGAACGAGCCCCGUCCUGGCGAGAAGCCGGACGUCGCGAAGAACCUCGAGAUCUUCAGGACGAUCGUCCCCGGGAUCGUCAAGUUCGCCUGCCGGGCCGUCCUGGUGAUCGCGACCCCGCCGGUCGAGGUCAUGAGCUACAUCGCCUGGAAAUUCUCCAAGCUGUGUCGCAACCGCGUCCUCGGCGUCGGCACCCUGGUAGACAGCGUGCGAUUCCAGAGCCUCGUAGGCCGGAGGCUGGGGCUCGCCCCCUCCGCCGUCCACUGCACGAGCAUCGGGGCCCAGGGCGUCAAUUCCGUGCCGGUGUGGUCGGGGCUCCACGUGGCAGGGACGAGGCUGCGAGACGUCAACCCCAAGAUGGGCGAGGACGACGACCCUGAGGGGUGGCAGGACGUCGCCAAGGAAGUGGCCGAGACGCAAGCCAGGCUGGACGAGAGGAUGGGCGACCGGGGACCCAGCUGCUGGGCCCUGGGAUUCUGCGCGGCCGAGAUCGUCGACGCCGUCGUCAGGAACACCAAAGUCGUUCUCCCCGUGGCCACCUACGUUCACAGCUGUUCCCACGGGACCGACAAGGACGUGUUCAUGUCCGUUCCCUGCGUCGUCUGCCGGGAAGGAGUCCACUGCACUCUGCGUCAAAAGUUAACCGACUCGGAGAAAUCCGCGGUGCAGACUUGCGCGGACAACAUUCGAGGAGUGCUCAGGGAGUCCGGGAUCUUCCAAGACGUCCAGGAGGAGGCAGAGUUCUGACUUUCCCCCGCGAGAUUCGAAA